AGAUAUUGACGUCUCACCGAGAUUGACACUUCGUCUUGCCCUCAUUUGUCUCAUGUGCACACUUAUCGUGAAUCUAUCCCCACAGGAGACCCGCCGCUGCAGACACACCAUAGGUGUUAAUUCCAUCGUGCAUCGUCUGACAAACAAGUACAUUUGACUGGGUCACUUACACGCGCUCAUGGCGGGAACGUAUCAUCUCGAACGGAUUGCCAACGAAGCCCCCGGUCUUAUUAGCCAGGUGGAACGAAGGAACCUGCCUGAAACGGUUCCCUAUGAUUCCAGCAACUGUUUCCACAGUUCCUUGUAUCCAGAGGAUCAGUCAGAAGAAGACAACGAGGUUAACUUCGAAGACUGGCUGGAUUUAUCGGCCGCGUACGGUGACUCUGACGAUCUGGAUGUACGCAGCAACCAGGAUGAUACUUCUCUUCCUGGUCUAACUUCUGGCACAUCUGAUGAAGCGGGUAAUGCAUCGCCCAGCUCUCCAAGACCCGUGGACACUAUUUCAGAUGCGGCCAGUCUCCGCGUCUUGAGGCAACAAGAUGACGCCUUGACCAUUCCACAACUAAGAGAGGUCAGGCCGAAGAACACCAACUAUCCCCCCGGUAUCCAGAUCCUCAAUAAUUCUGCAUCAAGCUCGGGCAACAUCCCAGACAACCAGAGAGAGAUGUAUACCUCAAAUAGCCCUUUCCUACCAUCUGCGUCCCAACAGAUGACUUUUACGAGCGGAAACACCUCGGCGCAAGAUCGAAAGAAUAGAGGACGGCGCAGAGGACCUCUGCAAAACAAGGAUGAAGUAGCAGGAGUUCGUUACUGCGGUGCUUGUAUCCGUUGCCAUCUCAAAAGAAUAAAGUGCGCGACAACUGCGUGUGAUAGAUGUGACAGGUUUGCCGAAGAACUCAACCGAGAAUAUCAGUCUGGCGACUUCAUUCCCUCUACGCAGGAUGUUUGCAUUCGUGCCCAAAGCCUCGCAGCGAUUGGUCCUGCGUUCGAGAGUAGUUCGAGCAACUACUCCAGCAAAUCCGGAAUGAUCUCGAGCCCAGUAUCUUGGUACAUUUGCUUGGAUGAUACAGCACGAACUCCCGUGCUCCAAAUUUUGAUCCAGGAAGUUGUAUCGCAACAGGUCGUGCCGUAUGGUCGGCAUCCGCCGCGAUACCAUAUGCUUUAUAGGAACCACGUUCCAGAGCGCAAAGAACUUGUAUCAUUGUCCGAAAAACAGAUGACGAUGGGCCAGACUAUUGACUUCCAAUACGUCUUGGAUAGGUUCACCCAUUCUCAUGUUGGAAGCGGUGCCCAGAACGUAUCUCCGGUAAGAGGAUCGCAGACUCCUCUACUUUGGAAUCUGCUCUCCGACAUUCACAUAUUUAGGUGUAUGUAUAGGAUCUACAGAUCAAGGCCCUUUUUAUACAAGGAGCACCCGACAUCACAAGCUCGACCUCUGCCGCAGUCUGUGAUGAGUGAACUCAGGGGUCUUGCUAGGUCGAACAUGAACUCCCUGGAACGAAACAUCCUUGCCAACUUCGACAAGCUUUCGAAACCAAACAAUGGAGAAGAACUGCUGAUCUGGGCAUGCAUUAUGCAAAUGAUACUCACUUAUCACGAUAUCUUCUGUCUGAUGACGGCGCAACUACGACCUCGCCUUGGAUAUGAACCUGCUCCGAGGGCUCUUCCCAUUCACCUUGCAAGCCAGGAGGCCGCCAAAAAGCUCUUCAUGGCUCUUUUUGUGGUGUGCAAGUGUCACUUCCAAAAGGGAAUGCCAGGAGAGGACGUAGAUGUAGUCGCAGUGCCAGGACCAGCCAACAGCAGGGUCAUGCUUCAGCAGCAAUUGAGAGAUGAGUUGGAAACGAUUUCCAUGAAACGAGCUGAGCCCUUUUCUCUCCUAGGCCAACAAUCAUCGCCACUUGACGGGUAUUUGAAAAUACUUCUAGUGACUCCCAACAAGCCUGAGCGAAACAAGAAACGAAGAACGGCGUGAUCGACCGAGCCGACAGAAAGAACCCUCAAAACAAUAUGGUAUGCUGGGGUUUCGUUGUGAUGUUCACAUCCUGAUUUCAUAAGUCUACUUCGGGCGUUUGUGUGAUAUUAGCAUGGGAAAGCUGGAAAGGCUGCGAAAGGUUGGGACGGGUUCGGAGGGCUUGUGAUACCCACAUCCGCUCGUGCUAACAUCAUUUGAGUAUGGCAAAGUGUAUUUUGGUAUGGGUGGGUUUGUCUGGAAUA